GGGGAAAGGGGUGGCGCUUCGGGGGCAGGGCUCUCUCCCGAGCGGAGCCUCCAGCUGCAGAGGUAGUCUACCGGAGGAGGAGGAAGGCGGCGUCCUUGCUGGUUAUCCGAGACGGGAGUGGAAAGAAGGGCAGGAAGGAGCCGGAGGGCCAAAUUCAAGGCUUUCAUAGCUCGGGGGAGGUCAAAAAAGUCAAGAUGGCGGCCUCAACCAGGCCGUUAAGCCCUAAUGGUUAUGCACUUGCAUUGCCCCAGAAGCAUAGGCCCAUCCGCCAACGCAAAGUAACGCUAACGAAGCUAAAAUCAAUACUACUAAAAGGGCAGAAUUGACGGACAGCUCCUCCUGCAGUUUCCCCUAUUUCUAUUGUGUGGCGGUGGCCGCCAUGUUGACUCUUUUGACAUCCCGCCACCCCCCGAGACUCCGUAGAGGGACGAACGGAUGCUCCUGGGGGUCAGUGGACGCCCUCAGAUGCGUAAGGAGGGGAAGGCAUUUUCAAGGCGCUAUAAGGUGGGAGGGGCAUUGGGACACACACACACCCCUCUCAAAAAAAGAAUGGCGGAACGGAGUGGCUCUAAUGCGGAUCGUGGCUUCUCUCUCCGCGCAGGGGACCUCCUCAUGAAGCCCCUCCUGGAAGUGGCCGGGAAAGACAUCAGCCACUGGUUCAACCCCAGGACCAGAGACAUUCAGACACACAUUGAUCCCCUCACGGGCUGCCUCAAGUACUACACACCCCAGGGCCGGUUUGUGCACAUCCCGCCGCCUCUUCCUCGCUCAGACUGGGCCAAUGAUUUUGGGGUUCCCUGGUGGAAAAACCCCAUAUACGAAAUCGGCACUUUGUCUGCGAAAACCCGGCACAUCCGGAUCAUCAACACUCUGACUUCUCAGGAGCAGACCCUCGAGGUCUGUUCAGAAGAAACCAUGUGGGAGAUCUUGAGGCGCUACCUGCCCUACAACGCACACGCUGCCAGUUACACCUGGAAAUACCACGGCGUCUGCCUGGACAUGGACAAGAACCUUCAGGACAACGACAUUCCCGAUGAAGACGAAGAGUUCUACCAUCUCAACAUGGACGCCGAUGCCUUCACGUCUGCCAUUUUGCUCUACUUCAACGAUGACCUCACUGAGCUCUAGAAACCUGCCUAGUCGUGGGCCUAUUUCACUCCAGCUGGAAAUGCCCAUUAGGUGCCCCUUCUUCUCACCAGCAGCCUGCAGGACACAGAGCUUAUCUUUUAAGGGAUGGCAGCGCAUUCGGUCCUUGGGCAAACCCAUUUUCUCUCCAAGAACAAGACUUGGUGGCAAGGAAGAGGCACCCCAAAUGACGAUGGGUCCCUAACAUACGAUCUCCUGGUCUUGUGAAUGUCCACCUGAAUCUGAAGGGCUCUUACUGCUACCGUUCGGUGCUGCGGCCACUAGAUGUCAGUCGUGGCUCAUGGUGCAGCCAUUUUGAAGCUCCGUCGUUCUUCACAUGGUUUUAAAAAAUAAUUGCAUUUUCUUAUCCUGCAGGCCUUGAGCUAGGAAAGCAGUUUUGCUCCCGGGCUGGCCCUUUUAUCUGGAGAGGGACCCACGCAAUUUUAUAUUUUGACUUUUAAACUGGUGUCCUCUGGCCUGAACAUCCUGCUUAACCCUGAAGGAAAUUAAGUAAUCUCGCAGCAAUUAUUU